AUGCCAUUACCUUUUGAACUUCUGCACAUGGAGGUCGUUCGAUAUGCGAGGGAGCAAGAAGCGUUAGCAAAUGUGAUUAACCCGAGAGAGGCACUCGAAGGCAUCGACAAGUCUUCGAAUGCACUCGUCUAUAAAGCUUUGGCUAGCAGAAAUGCUGCCACACGUUUGGAAUCUAUGGGCGUCCGCGUAGGAUAUCUUCUGGCGGAGAAGAUUUGCAAGGAUUUACCGCGUAUCACCACUGAAUUAGAGAUUAUGAAAUUUGUUUGCAAGGAGUUUUGGAUCAAUGUUUUUGGAAGGCAGGUCGAUAAUCUUCGGACCAAUCAUCAGGGUACGUAUGUGGUUCAAGAUAAUCGCUUCCCAUUUAUCUCUUCGUUUGCCGAGGGAGCACAGUAUACGCAGGACGCUCUGGUCUAUCUCGUCAUGCCUUGUGGUAUCAUCAGAGGCGCGCUCUCGGCACUUGGAAUCCAGGCGCUCGUCACGCAUUCUACAGAACUCCUCCCCACUGUGAAAUUCCAUAUACAUCUUUCGGCGAAGGCU